UUAUAUCUCGAUCUUGAUCGUCUCGAGUAUGUUCUUGCAGUUAAUUUAAUUGACUGUGUCUUUCUCCUGUGUCAAGAACACUCGGGCCGCUCAUGGAGUGGGAUCCCACCCAGUUCUUCCGUGACGGAAUUCGUCCCUCUGUUCCUUUUGCUCUGCUCGUUCUCAACCAGCCUAUCAACCAGAGGGCUUUCGCUGCACUGAACAAGCAUGCAUGCUUCACAAUCUGCGCUGACGGCGGCGCUAAUGUGUACUAUGAUCUCAUGAAAAGCCAAGAUAGGGAAACGAGUGAUCUCCCCAACGCCAUCGUCGGCGACCUCGACUCCAUCCUCCCCUCUGUGCGAAAACACUACGAAUCCCUAAAUGUGACAAUCGUCCACGACCCAGACCAAUAUUCCACGGACCUUAUGAAAUGUUUAAAAUACCUACGCGCGAACGCCUCGAGGAUUCUACACUCCAGCGCAGAAAAUACCUCGUCCUCCAAGGGAUCUACUUCGGAAAUUGAAUCUCAAUCUCAAGCUCAAGCUCAAUCUCAUCCACGACUCGACGUCCUCAUCCUAGGCGGUCUAGGCGGCCGCGUCGACCAGGCUUUCUCCCAGGUCCAUCAUCUAUACGCCAUGGCUCAACAUGAGGAUAGUCCGGGCGAACUGUACCUUGUUUCAGAAGAGAGUAUUUCGUUUAUUCUUCGGACGGGACGGAAUGUGAUCCAGACGCCGGGGGCGAGGAGGGCGAAAGGUUCUUCCAAAGAUACUGAUCCCGAUGGUAUCUACUAUCUAGAAGAAAACAUUGGCAUUCUCCCUAUUUCUGGCCCCGCGGUGAUUUCAACUACCGGAUUCGAAUGGGACGUUAGUGACUGGCGGACUGAAAUGGGCGGGCAGAUCAGUACGAGUAAUCAUAUCCGAGCGGAUGUGGUGAGUGUCGAGACCAAUGAGCGGGUUUUGUUCACGGCGGAGUUAGCGGGGAGGUUUAAGGCGAGGUGAGGUAGACUCGACUGGAUGAACGGGUUGGGUUGUUGAUAUAUACAUAGUAUAGAAGUCCUGGAUAGGAUUGGCUGGGUAGGUCGGCUAUAUAGCUGUCGUUAUAGGUGGUUAGUACAGUACAUUACUUGUAUAUCCUGGUUUUAUAUAUAUGGAAGUUCCCGAACCUUCAAUGAUUCUCUUGAC